CUGUCUUUUCUUUUAUAGGUGUUGAAGGAAAGCUAAGAACAGCAAUGGCUUCCUGUUUGUCCUAUGGGUCUUCCUAAAGACUCAGCUCUGGUGCGCUGAUGCUGCUACAUAUUUCGACAACUGAGCUAUCCCUCUGUUACUCAGAGUGUGAGAUUCUCUUAUCCUGGUAGUUUUAAGGCAUUGCACUGGCUGAACCCCAGCCAUGGAGGUGGCCCUGGUUGACUUUGAGAGCCUGGAGGACAUUAGUGGCGCCCUUGAGGAUGAGAUUGACACCUAUGCUGAUGAGACAACAGCUCUCACAGUGGAGGUUCCUCCAGAGCAAAACAGCUCUGACAUCAAUAACCGUCUGCGACCCCAUCAACUCUCCUCCACCCCUUCACAUUACAACCCGAUGUCCUCCUACAUUUGGGAAUCCACCUCAUCUUCACCCAUUCCACCAACGCAAACACUGGAAGUACCUCACUCACCAGUGAUGCCAUCACCAAGCAGAAAGGGUCGCAGUAGUUGUGCCAGUAUUAUCUCCAACUGGAAGCUGCUGUUAAACAGCGAAGGCAUGAAGGAAAGUGAAACGAUCUUCAGUCGGCUCACGAAGGAGUGCUGUGAGGAUCUGUUUGCAGAUAAAAGAGGGUUGGAUGAUGGAGACCAGAAAGUCAUCAUCAACAUAGCUGGUCUUCGCUUUGAGACACAGCUCAAAGCACUGGACCAGUUUCCUGAGACACUUCUUGGAGACCCCUUUAAGAGGAUGGAGUACUUUGAUCCAAUGAGGAACGAAUACUUCUUCGAUCGGAAUCGACCAAGUUUUGAUGGAAUCUUGUAUUACUAUCAGUCUGGCGGCAAAAUUAGAAGACCAGCUAAUGUUCCCCUUGAUGUGUUUGCUGAUGAAAUUGUAUUCUAUGAGCUCGGACAAGAAGCUAUGGAACAGUUCAGAGAAGAUGAAGGAUUCAUAAAAGAUGUUGACAUACCUCUCCCUAAAAAUGAAAUCUAUAGGCAAUUUUGGCUCCUGUUUGAAUACCCAGAGAGCUCCAAUGCGGCACGGGGUGUAGCACUAGUUUCUGUCUUGGUCAUUGUCAUAUCUAUCAUCAUAUUCUGCAUGGAGACACUGCCGGAGUUCAGAGAUGACACUGAACUCUUUGCUCCAAGAGUGGUUCAACAUGUCAACCAGUCCAAAGUAUCCCACACUGGCUCUUUAGCUGGUACAAAGCUCAAAACAUUAUCCGAUCCUUUCUUUUUUAUUGAAACUGCCUGCAUAGCUUGGUUUGCCUUUGAGUUGAUCGUUCGGUUUGUGGUGUGCCCAAGCAAAAGUGAGUUUUUCCACAACCUCAUGAACAUGAUCGACAUUAUAUCCAUUAUCCCCUAUUUUGUAACUUUGAUCACAGAACUGGCCACAACCCCUCAGGAGAACUCAGGACAGAACAUGUCCUUGGCCAUUUUGCGUAUCAUCCGCUUGGUCAGAGUCUUCCGUAUUUUCAAGCUGUCACGUCACUCAAAGGGACUGCAGAUCCUGGGACAGACUCUAAAAGCAAGCAUGCGGGAGCUUGGUUUGCUCAUCUUCUUUCUUUUCAUUGGAGUUAUUCUUUUCUCCAGUGCCAUCUACUUUGCUGAAGUAGAUGACCCUGACACACAGUUUGUCAGCAUUCCUGACGGGUUCUGGUGGGCUGUGGUGACCAUGACAACUGUAGGUUAUGGAGACAUGUGUCCUAUCACACUUGGGGGGAAAGUGGUGGGCACACUGUGUGCAAUUGCUGGUGUGUUGACAAUUGCUUUGCCUGUUCCCGUCAUUGUCUCCAACUUCAAUUACUUUUACCACAGAGAGACAGAAGCAGAGGACAAGGUUCCCAUGACAGAGGCUCUCGAGCAAGCCAUAAAUGCGGAAGAAAGUACCAAACAGGGUAGCAAUCCUUCAGUUAAUAAGGUCAAUGGUAUCUGACAGAGGAAAAGGAGAAAAACUGCUGACUAAGAAAUAACUUAUCCAUCAAGCAGCAAAAAUAGUAGGGAAUAUAAAAGGAAUUAAAUUUUAGUGAGAAUGAAUGCAAAAAAUGAACUUAAGAUUGAAUAAACAGUUAUUCUUUUGGUGAAAAAAAAAAAAGUUUUAUAGCAACAAACAGGGUGUACCAGACUUACCUCUUGUAUUUAUGUAUUUAUUUAUUUUUGUAUGAAAAUGGCACUUUGUGGAUUUAUCUGAAAAUUCACUGUUAUUGUUUAGGAAUUUUUGUCAUUCUUCACUAUUGUACGUUAACUUCAUUGUUUGUUGUAGCUUUCAAUAUGUAAGUCUUUCAUUGCUAUCACUCAAGAUGCAAAUUAAGUGUUAAACAGUUUCAUUGUUAACAUUGUUUUUUUUCAUAAACUUUGCCAUUUGUUCUCAUAAUCUUAGCUUUUUUUGGUUAAAAAACAUUUAAGCGCAUAUCUUUAUUUACAACACAAAUUUCAGACAUUUAAUGUCAAAUGUAGCUAAAGGUGAAGAUCAUAACUAUGACCACAAAUUAAAUGUAUAUAAUGCUCUACAAAAGUAUUCAUAUUCGUUGAACUUUUACAAAGUCACUCAAAUUUGGUAGUGUUACAACUACAGGCCUCAGUAUAUUUUAGUAGAACCCUAUAAGGUGGACUAAAACAAACUAAUGCAGAAUUGUGAAGAGGGAGUAUGGCAAGACUUUAAACCCCCCACAGUCAUCCAGCUCAACCAACAGACCAUACAAGGAGAGCAUUAAUUAAAUGCCAAAAGCCAUAUUGGGAACACAUCAAACAAUACGUUGUUUUGACCAGGUUAGAAUAAAAUGUAACUUUUUGACCCACAUGCAAAAACUACACCACUAUAUUUCAUUUGCAGUGUUGGCAGCAUCAUGCUUUAGACACGCUUUUCUUCGCAGUAUCAGGAAAGGUGGUAAGGGAUUAUUGAAUAAUGGAUGGAGCUAAGUACAGGCAAUUCUUGAUAAAAAUCUGUUAUGGCCACAUAAGUCUUGGAGGUUCAUCAUCCAGGAGGACAGUGAGCUUAAAACAUAGGUACUAUGUAAUGGAAGGGAUUGAAUCAAAGCCCAAGUCCAUAUUUGUUUGUGAAAGUGUAGCAAGAGUUGAAGAAUUACUGUUUCCAAUCCCACCCAAAAAAAAAAACUUUGAAAAACCAUUACAAAUGAACAGCCUUUUAAUAAAAAAUUUUCUGCAAAACC